AUGGCAAUAAGAGCAGCUGGUACUUACGUAUCUAAAAGCAAGGGAUCUAGAAAAUCAAAGAAGAAAGAAUCUUCAAUAUCAAAAGAUAGAUUCUACAAUCUAACUACUAAUUACUUUCCUCAGAAGUUUCAUGGACAAACAUCCCAUCCUAAGUUAAAAGCUAAACAAGACAUUGAUCAAUUCUUAAUGGGUCGUACAUUCUUUGUUAAUCAGGCUGAUUUAGAUUCAAAAGAAUCAGUUUACACCAACUCUCCAAGAAACUUCCACUUUAAAGUAAAUGAUAUCAGUGGAAACAACUGUAAUAGUGUAUUUAAUGGAAUGACUGCAACUAAGGAAAAGAUUACUAGUAUGAUUAGAAAGAAUCAUACUCUAAUUGAAGUUAAUACAACUAUCACUCUUAAAGAUCAAAGUAUCUUUAGAGUGUUUGUAAAUGCUGUUACUAAAAAAACUUCUACUUCAUUAAGACACUAUGCUAAAACAUCUGAAACUAAAAAGAUUAGAGCUGUUAUUGAAGAAAUAAUUAAAAGUAAUUGUGAUGGACUAGAAGUUAGUAAGUUAGUUAGUUUAUUAUCUACUGAAUCUUUGGCAAGAGAAAUGGAGAAGAAAUGUGAAUCUAUUUAUCCUAUUAACGCUUUGAUUCAUAAAGUCAAACCAAUUAAGAAUGUAGCUUGUAUUAUCAAAUCGGUUGUUAAAGACACUGCUGUUGAGAACAGUGCUUAA